AUGAGACUUCAGCCAUACGAUACUCCUAGCAAUAUAACAGAUCGAACUACGACAUCCGACUCCUUACCUGCCAAGAUGGCACCCCGACUACGACAAACCGGCCGGUCUCCAAGUGCUGCCCCUUCCGAAACCUCUGGAUCAACGUCACCAGAACGUGCCGCCGACGAUGAUACCGAUUUCUUCAUGGGCCAAGCAAACGACUCACAAUCAUCUAUUGGCGUCGCCAAUUUCCGUGACAGUCACCCCCAAAAUGUCCGCCCCAUGCCACUUCCGCCGAUCGGUCGCCUGCCGCCUGAGAUUCUGAUCGCGAUAUUCUCAAAGCUGACUCUACCCUCAGACAUGCUCAACUGCAUGCUGGUGUGUCGUGGAUGGGCCGUAAACUCGGUUGGGAUACUGUGGCAUCGGCCCUCUUGCAACAGUUGGUCGAAUCUAACGAGCGUGACUGCGUCCGUGGGCAGGCAGGACAGCCUCUUCAACUACGCAGACCUGAUCAAGAGACUCAACCUCUCUGCUUUGGGCGAUGUCAGUGAUGGAACGGUCGUCUCUUUUGUUCAGUGCAAGCGGAUCGAGCGGCUGACGCUCACGAACUGCUCUCAACUUACGGAUACCGGUGUGUCAGACUUGGUCGAUGGUAAUCGGCACCUGCAGGCGCUGGAUGUCUCGGAAUUGCGACAUCUUACGGACCACACUUUGAAUACGGUUUCAAGGAACUGUCCGCGUCUACAGGGUCUGAAUAUCACGGGAUGUUCAAAAUUGACUGACGACUCGCUGUUUGUCGUGUCACAAAAUUGCCGUCAGAUCAAAAGGUUGAAACUUAACGGAGUGUCCAAUAUCUCAAAUCGGUCGAUUCAGUCUUUUGCAGAGAACUGUCCAUCUAUUCUUGAAAUCGAUCUGCACGACUGCAAACUGGUCACAAGUCCUUCGGUAACUGCUUUGAUCAUAACUUUGCGACAUCUUCGAGAGCUGCGCCUUGCACACUGCAUUGAGAUUGACGAUUCGGCCUUCUUGAAAUUACCAGAAUUCGCGACUUAUGACAGUCUUCGCAUUCUCGACCUUACCGCUUGCGAGAAUGUCAAGGAUGAUGCAGUGGAACGUAUUGUGCAUGCAGCUCCUCGAUUACGAAACCUAGUACUAGCAAAAUGCCGCUUUAUCACGGAUCGAUCUGUGAUGGCUAUUUGCAGGCUGGGAAAGAACCUCCAUUAUGUUCACUUGGGCCAUUGCUCUAACAUCACAGACUCCGCUGUCAACCACUUGGUCAAGUCCUGUAACCGCAUUCGGUACAUCGACUUGGCCUGCUGCAACCGACUCACAGACUACAGUGUGCAGCAACUAGCUACCCUGCCCAAGCUGCGAAGAAUCGGACUGGUUAAAUGCCAGGCGAUUACAGAUCAUAGUAUAAAGGCUUUGGCGGGCCCAAAAGUUGGCCACCCUUCGGUUAGCAGCCUGGAGCGAGUGCAUCUCAGCUAUUGCACUCAAUUGCGUCGGCCAGGCAUUCACGCUUUGCUUAACAAUUGUCCUCGUCUAACUCACCUCAGUCUGACUGGCGUUCCACCAUUCCUCACGCCAGAGCUCACCAAGUUCUGCCGAGAGGCUCCUAAAGAGUUCACACAACAACAACGGGACGUCUUCUGUGUCUUCAGUGGCGAUGGUGUCAACAAACUUCGAAAUUACUUAAAUCGACAAGAAUCAUCACCGCACGAAGAAACCGAAGCCACGAUGUACGACGAUGACGAAGAACUCGACGAGGACGAGGGUCAAAUGACUGGGUUGAUGAAUGCAACCGUAAUCAACGACGGAGACGAUGACUAUAUCGACGUUGGGCCUAUGAAUACUUGA